GCAACUUACCAAUUUAAAUAUAUGGCUACUAUCUCACCUACACCCUCAAUUGCAGAAUGCAGUACAGAUCAUCCCUCCCUGCGUUCCUGCACAACUUGCCCACAUUAUUAAACAUAUCUAACCAGAAGCUCCUGGAGCAUUUCUUGAGUUUUCGCCCUCCCCUCUUCAACACAGCUGCAGCGCGGGAAAGAAACCAGACUUUCAUUUCAGCUAAUGCAGAAGCUGACAACUUCCGUCAACACAAAGAAAGAGAUUUCCUGGCUAUUAGCUGGAGAGGCCCUGGUCUUGAAGUACCCAUUCAGGUCUGACUGGAAGUCUUUGUGUGUGUGUGGCUUGUGGUAUGGCCCAGCAGAGCACCAGUCCUGCUCUCUGCUUGGAGUAUUGGCAGAAUAAAGCUGUAGAGUGGGGACAGGCCACCACUUUGGCAUCCCAACAAGAUGUCUGCCUACACCUGCAACAAUUAAAGGAGUUCCUACAGCAGAUUUUCCAAAAGUUGCAGCAUAUGAACACCACUGCGGCCAUGAAGACAUUUCCUCUAGUCGGUCAAUUGCUUGGAAGACUCUGUUGGAACCCAUAUGUUGUAGCGGAUGAAGAGAGCCAAAGGACUCUGCUGCAGUGUUUAUGGUGUCUAUACAGUGCUGAACCACAGAAUGCCAUCGAAUUAAAAGCCAAUGGCUGGAUUCAGAGCUUGAUACGGCAUCUUAUUUCGGAAUCUGAGACAGAGAACAAUUCCUUCAUGAAGAUUCUGGGAUAUACAUCGGAGGAGUAUCAUUCAAAUGUAGUGAAAUGUAUGGUUUCAUCAUUAGUGACAGAGCUAAGAGAAAGCUGCUGUAAUGGAAUUCACAUGCCUAAAAGGUUUACACCUGAUAGACUACACAGUCUGUCAGUUUUCUGUAUACCUCUUGUCACUUGUUCGGAAGCUGCUCCCUUAAUCGAAGCCCUGCUUACGUGUUGUGAAUUUGGUUCAGGAGAGACACUCAGCGCAGACUUCUUAAAAGCUGUUGACACAGCACUGCUGCAGAAGAAGAUUGGGCUGCAGGAAACGGUAACCAUUGGCCUCUGGUUGCGCUACCUUCCCAGUCUUGAAAAUGCCACAAUACAUCUAAUUGAAACAGUUGUUUCAAUUCCACACUUUUCUCCACAAGAAGUGGAAAGCUUAGUCAAGGAUUCAUUGCUGCCCAAAGCUUCAGCCUGCCACCCUCACAUUUUUAUGAUAGUAGGCGCUAUUUUUAGGAACAUACUGCUGGAGUCUGAUGGAAACCUUUUAGUACAGACACUCAUACAGAUGUUUACUCGGAGCUUCUUGCAGGCACUGCUAUUUGGGGAAGCACAGGAUAAGCCUCCCUUGAAGGCUUUCUUUCCUCACAGUCCACAGCCUCUAUUGAUGGCACUUCUAAAGCAUCCCUCUGAUGUGCCCUCACAAGUGUGGCCUCAACAUUUACUGUGUAUUGUUGAGACAUUAAAAGUGGCAAUAGAGGACAAAGACAAUGGAGGGUCUCAACUAGGCCUCUUUGAGAAUUGGUUCUUGCUUGUCCAUUGUGGAGAUUGGGUGGAUAUUGCUGCACAGCAGCUAAUUGAGUCAAAAGCAGAAACCUCAGAGGCCCUACUGUGGCUUUUGGCAUUUUACCAUCAUCCAAACAACGAAAACCAGCAGAGGACCAAACUACUGGCAGUUGCAAGAAAAGUCUGUGAUCAGCUGAAGGUGCUCUUCCGCAGUACAACGCUGUCUCUCUCACAUCUUCAGACGUCUUUAGACCUUGCUGAAGCAAACUCAGAAGAAAGUGGCGCAAAGUAUCUGUUUAAUCAGCUCUUUCUGAACUUCUUGCUCUUCUCUGCUGGUGGACAAGUAAUUGCAAAGGAUGCUGUCCAUCUGAUGACACAUGGAAAUUUACUAAAUGGAAUUUCUGCUAUGCUUGCUGGGGCUGAACACAGACUAAACAGUUAUGGAAUAAUGGACUACAAAGCUCACAGAACUCUGAAGCUACUUCAGGAAUAUCUUAAACACAAGGCUUAAACACAAUAACUUGUUCAUGUUCUUGAAAGUGUCAUUGUAUACUGUAUAUAUUUGGUUGUCAUUGAACUGUUUUACAUUAAAUACACAUGUAUUCACCUAAAAUGGUAGUUAUUAAGUUUGGGAAAAAAAAGUUACUCCUUCCCACUGUAAAGACAUGAGCACAACAAGCAGAUUCUUCUACUAUGAAACAAAAGGCUUCUGACUUACCUUUUCAAGCCAUUGGGGUCUGAUUUACUAUGCUCUGUCCCAUCCAUAAUCACGGUUUUAAAUGUGAAAUAGGUGAUUGAGGGUUUUGUAAUACUGUUGCAAUGAAUUUUUGACCUUGUUAACAUUUACACACUAUUUUCACAGAGAAAAGUAUACAGUUUUAUGUUUUGUAACUGAAUUGGCCUUCCUGUCCAUAUUUCUCGCAGUUUUUAUUCAGCCAUAAGUAAUAGCUUGCAAAACAAUUACUGUACUUGGCUGCCUUACACACCUUACUGGUGCUCUUAACUUGCCAAUGAUUGUGUCUCAAACCAAUAUGUUGGUGAAUAAACUUUGUAGUUAUAGGGGAUUCUUUGUUUUUUUGUUCAGAGAAACACACGUUUGUAGUUUGAUCUAUAAAGUUAAAGUGAAAAGUCAUAUCCAACAAGCUGUUCUCAUGUUAUAAGAGUACAAAGCUUUCACGGAAAGUGACAGAGACAUCAAAACAUAUGAAAACAGUAUGUGUCCUUGUCACAAGCUGGCUUGUAGUGAUGUCAGACCCGGAAGAAACACACAGUACUGAGA